UUGGAAGAGAUAGGGUGGAGAUCAAGGCGAAAGCCGUUGUGGUUAAAUAUCAGAUGGCAAUGCUGCCUGCACCGGCGCAUAUUAUUUUACAGCUGAUAUCAGUACAGUAUGCGAAAAGAAGUGGCUGAAACUCACAAGUGCGGACAAUGAGGAUGCGGGAUGUGUUUUCUGAAGCCUCCUUUGGAAAGCGGAUGUUAUGUGCUUAACCGUGUCUGGAGGAUAUUUCUUUGAAGAAAUUUGGAGAGAAAUCACUGCGUGAAGAGGGGAACCCGUCGGCUGAUGCAGGAUAGUUUGAAAACUUGGCUGAAUUAUAGCACAUUUGUAUUCAUAUUUGAAUGAGCAAGCCACAUGUUAUCGUUACUUUAUAUUAUGAUACAAUUGCGGUUACGCCUGAAUACAACCUAAAAACGGGCCGGAUGGUUUGAAAAUUAUGAGAAGAUUGCGGGAGCUAUGGACCAGUGGUUACAUGCAACUGAGAGAACAUUGCGAUUUAUUUACUAUUUUAAUGUUCCUUUAAUAUUCUUUAUAUAAUUUACAAGUUUGCGGUGAAAUUAAAAUUUCACAUAACAACAAUGCAACAAGUAUUUCCAGUUGGUAUUCUGAGGAAUUAAUACCUCGCUCAUGGCAAGGAUUGGAAGCAGAGAGUGCUUCGCUGAUUUAAAUGAUUUCAGAGGAACUGAUUAAUAUAAGCGCUACGCAACGAGAAAAAACGUUUCCUUAAUGGUUAUAUUUUUACAUUUGUUAAAUUAUUAAUUUUUAAAUUUUUAUAUUAUUGUAUUGUCACUCUUAAAUUUAAUAUCACUGUAUUGUCAGCGACUGCCGGCACCUUAUUACCCAGAGAAUCUAAAAUAAUAAAUAAUCGCAUUGUUUCUUGCACUCAAUGUUCUUAGUCUGUUGGAGAUUUUACCAUGGAAACAGAAGCGAAGCUGGUGACUGCUACGGUAGGCUACAUGACUUCCGAGGGUGUCUGCCGCAGCUACACAGUUUAGAAAAUAUCCUUAAUCACAUAGUACUGCCUUCUAAAUUGAUGUUUUGCAACAGUGGACAUCUGUAGAUGGCAAUCUGUUUAAAAUGUUAUUGACUCGUUUAUGAAUAAGUCCUUCUCUUGCUUUUGGACCCUUACAGAAAUUACAUAGACGUGCAUUUAUGUAUUUAUUACGUAAUAAGAAAGCAAUAGCAUUUAAUGAACUGUAACUGUCACCCCUUGGCCUCGUCUAAGUGUAUUAAAACUUCAUUAUGUUAUGUAGGCAAGUUCUAAAGUUUUAUGAGAGACAUUAGAGGGCAUUCCUGUUUGAACAUGCAAACAUGAUACAAAGCACAUGUGAUGAACUGGUUGAAAGCUGUCUAGUGUAUCUGGAUUGAAGGACUCUACAAAGCUGGAGUGAGGGAAUUGGCUUGUUCUCAGGGGAAGACGUGGUCUACUGGAGGAAGAGGAGGGCAGUUUUAGUCCACAAGAGCCCUAACUAGGCCCCUUUUUUGAGGGGGGUAAAAGGAAGAACGCUGGCAAUGCCUCAGAACCAGGCUUUCUCAGACCCGGAAUAUUCCGCGGAGCACUCAGCGGACCACUCAGUGACGCUGCCCUCAGACUUGGGACAGGCGGCGGGCCGCACGCACGAAGUGACGGUGCGCAGCUCUGGGUACUGCCUGUGCCUGCCGCGUUUCCUGCGGCUCACCUUUGUACCCGAGUCACUCGAGAAACUCUACCAGACCUACUUCAGGCGGCAACGGCAUGACACCCUGCUGGUCCUGGUGGUGUUUGCUGCACUAUUCGAUUGCUAUGUCAUUAUCAUGUGCGCGGUGGUGUACACUCACGACAAGCUGGCUACAACGGUGGUGGGAGCUGUGGGGCUUGCGGCUCAGAUCCUGCUCUACGUGCUGUGCCGCUUCAACUACCUGCCCAACCACAUGGCCCGCAGAAUGGUGCCCUACAUCCUCUGGUUGCUCAUCACUCUUCAGAUCUUGUGCUACAUGGGCCUGAACUUUGCUGGCUACCACCAGGCCGGUGAUACAGUUGGCUGGCAGACCUUCUUCAUCUUCUCCUUCUUCCUGACGCUGCCACUUGGGCUCCUGCCCGUCAUCAUCCUCACUGUGCUGUCGUGCGGCAUGUAUACUCUGGUGCUGGGGGUCACUGUUUCUCAGCAGGGGAAUGUACAUGGGGCACUCUUGUGCAGACAGCUCCUGGCCAACAUAAUGAUUUAUCUGUGCGCUAUCAUUGUGGGCAUCAUAUCCUACUUCAUGGCUGACCGCAAGCACCGCAAGGCCUUUCUGGAAGCACGGCAAUCUCUGGAAGUGAAGAUAAAUCUGGAGGAGCAGGGCCAACAGCAGGAGGAGCUGUUACUGUCCAUCCUGCCCAAGCACAUUGCGGAUGAGAUGCUGCAAGGAAUGAAGAAAGAGGCCAACCAGAACGAGAUGCAGCAGUUUAACACCAUGUACAUGUACCGCCACGAGAAUGUCAGUAUCCUGUUUGCUGACAUUGUGGGUUUCACCCAGCUGUCUUCAUCCUGUAGUGCACAGGAGUUGGUCAAGCUGCUCAACGAGUUGUUCGCUCGCUUUGACAAGCUGGCUGCUAAAUACCACCAGCUGAGGAUUAAGAUCCUGGGAGACUGUUACUACUGUAUCUGUGGGCUGCCAGACUACCGUGAGGAUCACGCAGCCUGCUCCAUCAUGAUGGGUCUGGCCAUGGUAGAGGCCAUCUCGUACGUGCGUGAAAAGACUCAGACGGAGGUGGACAUGCGUGUGGGGGUGCACACGGGCACCGUGCUGGGAGGAGUCCUGGGGCAGAAGCGCUGGCAGUACGAUGUGUGGUCCACUGACGUCACCGUCGCGAACAAGAUGGAGGCAGGGGGGCUCCCAGGACGGGUCCACAUCUCUCAGAGCACCAUGGAUAGCCUGCAUGGGGAAUUUGAGGUGGAGCCAGGUAAUGGGGGCGAGCGUUGUGAAUACUUGAAGGAGAAGGGCUAUGAGACCUACCUAGUGGUUGUGUCCAAGGAUGGACUAAAAGGUCUGCUGUCUAUUGAAUCACCCUCUCGAAACUCUCCAGCAUUGAUAAAUACUACAGAAUGCAAUGGGAGCACAGCCUGCACACCACCACCACCAGAGGAACCUGAGGAACUCGACACACAGGUGGUGAACCCCUCCUUUCCGAACCGCCGGCAUCAGCUUCGACUGCGUAGCCUGGCAGAGAGGGUGGUCAAUGCUCAGGAGGAUGAGCUGGAGCUAAACAAACUGCUGAACGAGGCCCUGCUGGAGCGGGAGACUGUGCAGGCUCUCAAAGAGAAGCACACAAAUUCUCUGUCCCUGCGUUUUAUGGAUCCAGAGCUGGAGAUGCGCUACUCGGUGGAGAAGGAGAAGCAGACUGGAGCUGCAUUCAGCUGCUCUUGUGUAGUCCUAUUGUUCACCGCUGCCAUGGAGACCUUCAUUGAUCCACAGCUAACCGUAAAUUAUGUGACACUUCUUGUUGGGGAAAUCUUGUUACUUAUUCUCACUAUUUGCUCAAUGGCAGCCAUCUUUCCCAAGAUGUUUCCCAAGAAGCUGGUUUCCUUCUCUGUUUGGAUUGAUCAAACACGCUGGGCCCGCAAUACAUGGGCCAUGGCAGCCAUCUUUGUCCUGACCAUGGCUGACAUCGUGGACAUGCUAAGCUGCCUGCAGCCCCCUUUCUUACUGAGGAACAGCAGCAGCAAUAUGGAGCUUUUUCUAGGCCCGCCAGAAGGAGAGGGGGGCUGUGUGGAUAACCCCAAAUACUACAGCUACAUAACUGUGCUGGCACUCGUAGCGACCACCAUGCUGGUGCAGGUCAGUCACAUGGUCAAGCUCACCCUCAUGCUGCUCAUCACCCUGUCUAUUGGUGUGAUCAACAUCUACAGCUGGUGGGACCUCUUUGACCAAUAUGACCGUGUCCGCUUUAAGGAAUACACGCCUUAUAUCGUUCCUUCAAAGUACUCCAUGACUGUAAUGAUCAUCAUUAUGAUGUUCGGCUUCUACUAUUUUGCCCGCCACAUUGAGAAGCUAGCACGCACUCUUUUUCUGUGGAAGAUUGAAGUGCAUGACCAGAAGGAUAAGGUUUCUGAGAUGAGGCGUUGGAAUGAAGCGCUGGUCACAAACAUGCUGCCGGAACAUGUUGCUCGACAUUUUCUGGGAUCAAAGAAAAGGGAUGAGGAACUCUACAGCCAGUCCUAUGAUGAGAUUGGGGUAAUGUUCGCCUCCAUACCAAACUUCUCCGACUUCUACACAGAGGAGAGCAUCAACAAUGGUGGCAUCGAAUGUCUCAGGUUCCUUAAUGAGAUCAUCUCCGACUUUGACAGCCUCCUGGAUUUGCCUCAGUUCCGCUGCAUUACCAAGAUCAAAACCAUUGGAAGCACUUACAUGGCAGCAUCAGGUGUCACACCUGAAGCGAACACAAAUGGAUACAAGAAGGAUGAGAUGUCAGACCGGGAGAGAUGGCAGCACCUUGCAGACCUGGCCGACUUUGCCCUGGCCAUGAAGGUCACUCUCACGAACAUCAACUGCCAGUCCUUCAACAACUUCAUGCUCCGCAUUGGGCUCAACAAGGGUGCAGUGUUGGCCGGAGUAAUCGGGGCACGGAAACCCCACUAUGACAUCUGGGGAAACAGCGUCAAUGUGGCCAGUCGUAUGGAGUCAACAGGAGUCAUGGGCAACAUCCAGGUGGUGGAGGAAUGCUAUAUUGUCCUGAAGGAGUAUGGAUUCCGUUUUGUGAGGCGAGGGCCCAUCUUUGUGAAGGGAAAAGGGCAGCUCCUGACGUUCUUCAUGAAGGGGCGGGACAAACAGGGCUCUUUCAUCAACGGCUCUGCUGUCAACCUGCCCCACCAGGUGGCUGACUCCUAACCCUAACACACUGACAAUUUGUUUGUCACACACUGACACACCGCUUUUCACACAUUGACCUGCCCUCAGACACACACUGAUACACCCUCUGUCACAAACGCCUUCUUUCAUACUCAAACACAAACUCACAUGCCCAUCUUCUCUUGAUCUCAUGCUCCCUGGCACACAUAUGCUUUAUGCACACUUGAAAAAUCAAAGAUGCACAAAUACAUAAGAUGAACUACACAUAGGUGAGUUUUAGUGCUACACUUCCAUACUGCAGAAACAUUUUUGACUGCUUUUCUCAGAUUCUGCUCAGUACAAAGAAAAAUGACAGCAAAAAGCCUGCAGGCUGCCUCAGCUCUCCGUGUGGAAUUAUACAACCUAAAGGCUAGUGUGUAUGUGUGUGUGUGUGUGUGUGUGCUUGCGUGCGUGCAUGGUUGUGUGUGUGUGUGUCUGUGCGUUUGUGCAUGAAUGAGGUAUGUUUACCUGUGGGGUGGUGUUGCAGAGGCAGGUCUGACACCUUAGACUAAAGUCCUCUUCCUCAGUGUCCUUCCUCUGUGACAUGGAUGAAAGUGCAAUAUUUAAAUCCCACUCAGUAAACUCUCACCCCCACCUCUCCUGCCUGUCCUCCUUGCAAAGUACUAAAGCACACUUUUGCCUACAAGGCAUAUUUUUAUACUCCGAUUGUAACAUGCUUUUUGUUCAAGUAGGAAAAUGUUCUGAAAUAAUGUAUAAAGGUCCAAUACAUAACCAUGUGUGUACCAUUUUUCAUCGCUUUCAUUCAGAUAACUUCAGGGAUAGUAGAGAAAGAAUAGCUAAGCUAUACAAUAUUUUAGACCAGGACCAGUGUCAAAAGCACUGGAAUCAGAAAGUAGACAUUUUUGAUCCAUUCUUCAAAUGGUGAAAUGGUGAAAUCAGAUAUCCAGCCUUCACUAACAAUGUUGUUUCCGACUAUUCCUUUUGAUAUCUGCUCUUAGGACAAUGUCAUCUCACACCAUACUGUCUCUCCCCCUUUUUGUAUAAUGCCUGGAAUCAGGAUGUAGAUAUGUGGGCAGAGGCCACACAGCCUUUGAUGUUAAUCUCUCAAGCCCUUAAACUCAGGAUUGGGGAACUGUGAAUAAUGUUGUUCAAAUAAUUUAUUUGUUCUUUGAAUUCUUUGAUUAAAACUUUUUAAAUGUGAUACACCA